CUACAAAAGCGUCGCGCCUUGUCUAAGGACGACCAGACCAAGGAAGGUGACGAUAAGAGUGAGUACUGUCUGGAGAUGCAGUUGCAUCCGGGGCAGCCACUGAAUGUCAAGGCCACACUCCGGUCGUUCAAUACGUUGGAGUUUGUUCUGAUCCACAAGCACA